AUGCCAUCUGAUGAAAUGUCUGGACUAGAGCCAGUUGUGUUUCUGCCUAAAGGUGCUAGAGUUAUGUUGACAAUGAAUUUGUGGUCAAGUGUUGGCCUGUGUAACGGUGCAACUGGAACAAUUGUUGACAUUGUCUUCCAGAACAACCAGAAUCCACCUGACUUACCAAUUGCAGUAAUUGUGAACUUUGAGAAUUACAGAGGUCCACAUUUUUCAGAAGAACGACCAAUGUGUGUUCCUAUAUGUCCUAUCACUGUCUCAUCACAGACUGAAGGUGGUUUCCAUGAGCGGCAACAGCUGCCUCUUAGACUUGCUUGGGCCUUAACUAUACAUAAAAGCCAAGGACUUACACUAUCAAAGGCUUGGAUAGAUGUUGGAAAAUCUGAAAGAACUGCUGGAGUAUCUUAUGUUGCUAUUAGUAGAGUCAAAACCCUCGCAUCAUGUGUCAUUGAACCGAUGACUUAUGAACGGUUAACAAGCUUGAAAUCUUCAGCUAAUUUACAAUAUAGGCUUCAGGAAGAAGACAGGCUAAAUCAGUUGGCACAAGCAACUUGCAAUGCAGUAAAUAUAGAGUACGUACACCAUUGA